UUCCAUCAUUCGGGUCACCUUCACAGCUUCACCAUGUGCGGUAUCACAGCAGUGAUCCAUGCGGAUCCGCAAUCUCAGUCAGCCGCCGUCGAGAUUCACGAUGCGCUGUACCUACUCCAGCAUCGAGGGCAGGAUGCUGCCGGUAUCGUGAGCUGCAGCACCGGUGGUCGAUUCCACCAGUGCAAAGGCAAUGGCAUGGCUUCCAAAGUGUUCCAUGACGGCGCCCGCGUUUCCGACCUCCCAGGCUUCAUGGGAUUGGGUCACCUCCGAUACCCAACAGCCGGCAGCAGUGCCAAUUCUGAGGCCCAACCCUUCUACGUCAACAGCCCCUACGGAAUCUGCCUGACGCACAAUGGCAACCUCAUCAACGCUCCAGAGCUGCGGAAGUUCUUGGAUCAGGAGGCCCACAGGCAUAACAACACAGAGAGCGAUAGCGAGCUGAUGUUGAACAUCUUCGCCAACGAGCUCAAUGAGACAGGGAAAGCCCGUGUCAAUGCCAACGACUGUUUCGCUGCCCUAGAACGCAUGUACAAACGCUGUGUUGGCGGCUGGGCUUGCACUGCCAUGCUUGCAGGCUUUGGUUUGAUCGGCUUCCGCGACCCCUACGGUAUCCGCCCCAUGGUGUUGGGCUCAAGGCCAUCAGAGACCGGUCAUGGAAUGGACUACAUGAUGGCAUCGGAAAGCGUGGCCCUCACUCAGUGUGGUUACAGGACUUUCCAAGACAUCCUCCCCGGUCAAGCCGUCAUUUUGGAGAAGGGAAAGGAGCCUGUGUUUAAGCAAGUUCACCCCCAAGCCGGAUAUACCCCAGACAUCUUUGAAUACGUAUAUUUCGCCCGUCCAGACUCCAUCAUUGAUGGUAUUGAUGUUGACGAGAGUCGCCGCAACAUGGGUUUUACGCUCGCCGAAACCAUUAAGAAGCAACUUGGCCCGGAGAAGUUGGCAGACAUUGAUGUCGUCAUGCCCAUUCCGGAAACUGCCAUCACUUCUGCCAUCUGCGUCGCGGAAGCACUUCAGAAACCGUACGUGCUGGGAUUUGUUAAGAACCGUUACAUCUUCCGGACCUUCAUCAUGCCGUCUCAGAAACUCCGCCAAAAAGGUGUACGGGCGAAGCUUAACCCUAUGAGGAAGAAGUUUGAGGGGAAGAAUGUGUUGCUUGUCGAUGACUCCAUCGUUCGCGGAACAACAUCGCGAGAGAUCGUCCUCAUGGCACGCGAAGCUGGGGCCAAGAAGGUUUAUUUUACCUCCUGUGCUCCCCCCAUCACCAACGCGCACAUUUAUGGAAUUGAUCUGGCUUCAUCGUCGGAGUUGAUCGCACAUCACAGAGAUGCGGCCGCGAUUGCUCAACACAUAGGCGCAGACGAUGUCAUAUUCCAGAACUUGGAUGAUCUAGUCCACGCGUGCGCUUCUCUAUCCCCCCGAGACCCCAACACUCAAAAGUUUGAAGUCGGAGUGUUCUGUGGAAAGUACGUCACGCCGGUAUCGGAUGACUAUUUUGCGCAUCUGGAACAACUUCGAGGCGAGACUCGAAAAGCAAAGACGAUGGCAUCGGCAAGGGAUGCAGUAUUGCAUGGUACUGCAGACCUUCAGCAGGUGCGCAUGGCUGCGAAGGGUGUGGAAGUGGACCAACACGGCAAUGUCAUUCCCGCCGACAGUGGAAGUCCCGAAUGGGGUCCUCUAAACGGCGCUGAGGUUGCUAAGGAGAUCUCGAAAGCCAACGGCAUUGCACAAUCGAGCACUCAAGAGGAGAAGAAAGACAAGCCGGACAGUCCUGUGCGGAUCAACAAUAGUCAGGACAUCAGUCUGCACAAUCAACAUGACUACUACUGA